CGUAGGAAGCGGAUCCGGGGGCCAGCUCCCCAUUGGAGGUAGCGGCAGCGGCUGCGACUCGCGGAUGGGAAGCCCGGUAGCCCCAGUGUCUGACGUUCGAGGCCUUCCCCGUGUGGCGCCAUGCGUCCUGACCAGGCUACGAUUUGGUACCGGCGAAUGUCCGCGGUCUACGCAUUGGGCACCUGGACCCUUUUGGGCUCUUUGGUUUUCUUCGGCCGGAAACAGAGCAAGCCAGCAGGUGGUGAAUUAGAGGAAAAGGAUGCCUCAAUAAGUGAAAUAAUUGAGCCUCCAAAAGGGUUUUAUGUGGAAACGAUUGUCACGUAUAAAGAAGAUUUUGUUCCAAUUACUGACAAGAUCAUCAACUAUUUAAAAUCAUGGACUGGUGGUCCUGGACCAGAAUCAUGAUUGACUGCUAAAUUCUGAAAACCAGGACUUUGGUUCAACAUAUAAAUUGAUGGAUGCCUUGAUUUCCAUUUUCUGUUUGUGAAAAGUGUAUACAUUUAAUUUAAUUUUGCUGUAAAAUAUAAUCACUAAUAAUAGGCAAUAAAUAAUUCUUUGAGGAAAAGUAAACUUGCAUAUUCAAGAGGUGUCCCUCUGUACUUACAUGAGUGAAAGGUUGAAGUGAAAUUGAACUUCCAUAAGCUUGCUUUUCUGAAACUAGUUCAUGAACUUUGCAUUUCUUUCAUGUGGCUGUCAGACAUGGCUUUAGUGGUGCGUUUAAGGUUAGAUUCAGCAAAUCUGGAUGUUCAGUUUGGGAUUUAUAGCAGUCCUUUGGGUACUGUUGGAUACUUGGUAAGUAUAUUAUGAAUUAGAUUAUAACUUCCGAAUUAAAUGGACUCAACCUGUUCUUUAGGACCAGAACAAAUACCUCUCAUUUUCAGUAGACAUGACUUAAACCCCAACUGUGGCUACCAAUAUUAUACACAUGGGAUACAAAGUUGAGACAACAUGAUUCCUGCCUUAGAGUGCUGCGCUAGUUUCUUCACUGGUCUCUUGGUUGCAAGUAACAAACCCACAUAAGUGAGCUUAUAUCGGGGGAUUGUUUAUCAAAAAUGUGUAUGGACAGCUCAGAAUUAAAGCAGAGUAUGUUGUGAUCUUACGAGGGCCUGUCAGUCACUCACUGAGCCUACCUGCCUCUGUUUGGCUCAAAUAAACUCCUAUAAGACUUUUUUACAAGUUUGGACAUUCAUAUGUUGACAUAUGUGUACCAUAAAUGGUUUCCUAAAUCGCUUUGGUAACUUGAAACUUUAAAAUUUUCCUAGCUAAAUUAAAUGAUGAAUAUUCAUUGAAUGUCUGGACCAUUUCCAAAUAAGAUAAAACACUGAAACAUUAAUUAUUCA